AUGGCCAAGGCGCGGGUCCAGAAGGAGGCUAAAAAUGCCAAAAGCCACCUUAAAUCCCGGAUGGAUUAUUUGCAACAGGCUGCGAUCUAUCUCCAGGAUGCCCAUCUACAAGGCAGAACUUCCACGGGGACCAAUACUAUCAAUCCGCGGACGACAAUAACCAAGCUUGAAAAUUCCGAGAACCAAAAGAUCUCAAACGCUUCUUUAAGCAAGGAUAUGGACAUGGAUCAAGCCGCAACUAGUCAAAGCACAACAAUGAAACCUUUGACCAAUCUCUCCAGAGUUUACACCUCCCAGAUGCGUGGCGUAUCUCUAAAAACACAGACCCGGCUGUCUGUACCGGUGAAGAGAUCUUUCUGCAAGCGCUGCGAUACAAGUCUCGUUCCAGGAGUCAGCUCUACGCAAGAGAUUCGGAAUGAAAGCCGUGGACGCAAGAAGCCAUGGGCCGACGUGCUGGUGAUACGCUGCCUCGUCUGCGGCACCGAAAAGCGCUUUCCUCAGACGGAAAGGCGUAGCAAGAAGCUAUCCGAGCGUCGAAAAGAGUUGAAAGAGCAGGAGAACCAGGACCAGACUGGUACAUCUUGA